CCCUGCGUGUCCUUUUGCAGCAGUCGCUUCCUCUCCCUCCCCCAUUUGUUUAUAACCCCAAAACCCUAGCUUCACUUUCCUCUCUCUCUGCUCGAUCGGCCAUCUCCUCUUCCAUUGUUUCAAAGGGGGUAUGGCCUUGCCAACUGCAACUCCUGCUUCUCAACGGACGCCACAAGUGAUUGGUGCUGCCUUUGUUCAACAAUAUUACCAUGUUCUUCAUAAGAGACCAGAACAAGUAUAUAAAUUUUAUCAUGACUCUAGCAUUAUAAGUCGCCCAGAUCCUGAUGGUGGAAUGUCAGAAGUAACAACUUUAAAAGACAUUGACGAGAAGGUCUUGUCCUUCAAAUUUAACAGCUAUAUUGCAGAGAUAGAAACUGUUGACUCGCUACAAUCUUAUAAUGAGGGGGUUUUCAUUGUUGUCACCGGUUGCUUGACUGCUAGUGACAAUGUUCGGCGGAAGUUUACUCAGUCAUUCUUCCUUGCUCCCCAGGACAACAAUGGUUAUUUUGUUCUAAAUGAUAUUUUUAGAUUUGUGGAUCUUCGCCAAACGGGGGAAACAAAUCAGAUUUUAACCAGCAAUGACAAUGAUGAUGGACCUAAAGCUUCUUCUACUGCUUUAUCAGACUCGAGUUUGGUUAAAGAUGAUCACUCUGAAGAUGUUACAACUCAGGCUUUGGAGGGGGAUCUUGCCAAUCAAAAGGAAGCAGUCAACCCUUCAGAAAGUUGUGCAUCAGGGGUUGAAGAUGAAACUUCUGUAGUUUCCCCAAUCCCUCAAAGUAAAUCUAGUGACCAAUCAAAUCACAAGUUGGCUUCUGCGUCGGUUGAAGAUGAUGGCCCUAAGAAGUCUUAUGCGUCCAUAGUUAAGGUUGUGGGCAGCACCCCACCGAAGAAAAUCUCUGCUCCUGCUAAGCCAAAGGCAAAGGCUGCCCCUCCAAGCACUGAGAAGUCGAUCAAUGGUUCCAGUGUGCUUGCCACUGCAUCAGAUCCAAAGGUCUCUAGAAGCAGCAGCUACUCUGAGAACAACCCUCUUGAUGUGGAAGGUUAUUCUAUACACAUUCGGAAUUUACCUUCAAAUGCUACCGUGGAAAUAGUUGAGGAAGAACUGAAGAAAUUUGGACCUAUUAAGCCUGGUGGUGUCCAAGUCAGAAACCAUAAGGUUGACAACUUUUGUUAUGGCUUUGUUGAAUUUGAGUCGCUGGACUCUAUGCAAGCUGCGAUUAAGGCGUCACCUAUCACCAUUUCUGGCUGCUCCUCAUUUAUUGAGGAAAAGAGAACCAGCACGCGAGUUGUUAACGGAGUUGUUGUCAGCAACGGGAGAGGGCGGUUUUCACAAACAAGGGGUGGGUUUCGAAAUGACAACUUUAGAGGUAACAGUAACUUCAGAGGCAAUAAUGAUAACAUCAGAGGUAACGACAACUUCAGAGGGAAUGAUAACUUCAGAGGGAAUAAUGAUUACUUCAGAGGAAAUGGAAAUGGGAACUUCCAAGGCCGCGGCAGCUUUGGAGGCAACAGUCAGGGCUACGGAAGAACAGAAUUCAAGAAUCGUGGUGGAGAGUUUUCAGGCCGUGGUAGGGGCCGUGGUCUGCCUGCCAAUAAUACCAGAGAUGGUUAUCACCACCGACCUGUUCAGAAUGGUAACGGCAACGGAAGAAUGGUUGGUCCUGUUGCUGUCACUGCAUAGCAAUAGUGAAUAGUAUUUUCUGGUGGUUUUUGUUGAUAAUCAUGAAGAGACAUGUAUUCAGUGAGAUGCUGUUUAUGCUAAAGAAAUUUAGUCUUGAAGGAGAGAUUUGAUUUUCUGAGAGCGAAGGAACCUCAAUAUUUUGGGUUUAUUGAUUGAGGUUCUGUCAAGCUACUUGAUUCAGUCCUGUUUCUUACUGAAUGAUACAGUAAAAAGGGGGAGGAAGAAAUCUUUCCUUAUUCUGUCUCACCAGUGACAAUUAUUUUGCUUAAAUCACUUUGUUAAUCUGGUUCUUAGUUAUGAAGGCUUAAUCUGAUA